AUGUGGACAGCAGGACUAGACUGGGACGACCAGUUAGACGAAGAACUUGUUGACAAAUCUAGAGAGUGGUUCCGUGAACUUGAUGAACUAUGUUGUAUUAAAAUACCGAGAUGUUUGCAGUUAAACGAAGACAUUCUUUUAACGAGUCUACACACAUUCAGCGACGCUUCUCAGGAGGCUUAUGGAUCAGUUAUUUAUGCUAGACACGAGUAUAAGAGUGGAAUGAUAUCUACGAGAUUUAUAGCAGCGAAAUCGAGAGUUGCUCCUUUAACUUCAGUCAGCAUUCCAAGACUUGAGUUAAUGGCCGCAGUUUUAGGAUUAAGAUUAGCACUUUCAGUUAAGCACGCAUUAGAAGUGCCCGAUGAUAAUAUGACAUUCUGGUCAGACAGUAUGAGCGUUUUGUAUUGGAUUAGAGGCAAUAGUAGAGAGUACAAGCCAUUUGUAGCGAAUCGAAUUGGAGAGAUUCACACGUCAUCGCAUCCUCAACAAUGGCGACAUGUGCCAACAAAAGUUAACCCGGCAGAUUUAGUAUCUAGAGGUAGAACCGUUGAACAAUUACAGACGGACGUAAUUUGGUGGAAUGGACCGGAAUUUCUACAAGAUGAGGAACCACAAUGGCCGGACACUAAUAUUCAGAUAGAAAACGUACGUGAUACCGAACUUAAGUGUCAAAAGAAAACAAGCGAUAAAUAUACUACACUGAAAAGUAUUCAUAAUAAUGAUUUAGAUUGGCGUUUAGAUCCCGUACGUUAUUCUAGUGUCGUGAGACUAGUUCGUGUACAAGCGUAUUUGCACAGAUUUAUUAACAAUUGCAGACUAAAGCAAAAACAACGUCGUCAAGGUAGUUUAUCUACCGUAGAAUAUGCAGAUGUCGAGUUGGAUAUAAUCAAAAAUGCACAAAGGGAGGCAUUUUCAAACGAAUACAACGCUCUUAUGAAAAGUAAAGAUUUACCGAAAACCAGCAAAUUGCUAGGAUUACAACCGCGAAUUGAUGAAAAUGGACUAAUCAGAUGUGAUGGACGUUUAGAGAACGCCGAAUUUCUAUCGUUUGAUGCAAGAUAUCCAAUAAUAUUACCACGAAAAAAUUGGGUCACGACGCUUAUUGUGAAACGAUAUCACGAACUUGGAAAACAUGUUAGUGGGACAAAUCAAACAUUUUCAGCAUUAUCGUCACGAUUUUGGAUUAUUUCAGGGAGAGAAGAAAUAAGAGAAUAUGAACAUGAGUGUUAUACGUGUCGAAAGAAGAAAGCUAAAGUUGCCGAGCAAGUGAUGGCUCCGUUACCGGAAAUUCGUUUCAAAACACCUUUACAUGCUUUCGCUCGUACAGCAGUUGAUUUUGGUGGACCGUUCACCGUUUAA